GAGCACGAUAGGUCGCGCCGGUUCCAGCCCGGACCGGUAGCGCUAGGCACCGGGCGCCGUCGGAGCGCUUAUGAGGGCACCGGAAGCCGCCAGAGCUGGCGGGUCCGGGGGGUGGCAGCGCACGGCCAGUGCUGCCCGGUCGGCAGAGCGGCGCCUCCGCCCUCCGUACGUACAUUCUCCGUUCCCUUCGCCCUCCGGCAGGGCAGUGUGGCUGCCGGAGCCGCCUUUCUCUCCCAGCGCAGCAGGACCGGGAACUGCGGAGUCAAAUCCAGGGCGAGCCUCCCCCCUUCCCCCGGGCAUUGACAAAACAAAUGUUUCCUCUCAUACAACGAUGCUGCUUCAACACACCUUUCAAACUGCAGAAGUUACCUGGUGCCAGUCUGCUGCUCCAUGGGAAGAAUAAGACAACCUGCUCCUCCUUGGCCCUCCAGCUGCAGAGAGAUGCACGUCCUCUCUCCACACCUCCGAGCCUUGAACCAGCAUCAGUUUACACAGCCCAGCUCCGGGCUUUCCACACCUCUCUCCCCGUCUCCACGAAGAAACCCCCUGCAGAACGUGAGGCACAACCACAAGAAGGCCUGGGAUCACUGAAGGAUUGUCCCAAGCCAGCCCUUUACUUAAGCCUGGGGGGGCUCAUUCCGUUUGUGGCUGUUCCGCUGGCCAUGGCCACGCAGGGGACCUACUGCCCAGAGCUGGCCUUUGCUCAGGUUGCCUACGGUGCUGCCACAGCCUCCUUCCUGGGGGGGAUGAGGUGGGGCUUCGCUCUCCCAGAAAACAGCCCAGCCAAGCCAGACUGGCUGAACCUGGCUAACGGCACAGUUCCUGCUCUGCUGGCCUGCCAAGCCUUGCUUUUCAAAGAUGUCACUCAGGGAGCAGUCGCGCUCACGGUGGCCUUAGGGGUAGCGCUGCAUUAUGACACUUCCCUUCUUCCUCCCUACCCCAGGUGGUUUAAAAUACUGAGGGUAGUGGGAACAGUGGUGAUGAUAUUAUCCCUGUUGGCCACUGUUGCACUGAAAGCUUUCUUAGAAGGGGAGCAAAGUGAUGAUAGAAAAAUACAGCAGAACAUAAAUUAAUAAAUCCUUAAGGAAAAGCUGUUACCUGCUAAUAAGGUAUUUGUAUGGAGUUCCAGGAGAAAUAAAGACUGAUUUGUGCUUAGAAGUCGUAUGACAGCAGGGAUCAAGAUGCUUAUGCUUGAAGCAAAAUUAUUUUCCAACUGAUUUUGAAGCUAGUUCAGGAGGGAAGUAUUGUAAAUAGCAAUUACUUCCAAGGCAAGCAUGAGUCUGUCCUUAUCUGUAGAACAAAGAAUCACUCCUGAAUGAGAUGUUGCUGCUCUAGGAAUUUAGAAUGGAGAUUCAAAAUGACAUGGGUAUAAAUUACUCUGUGCUGAACUAUGAGAGCAUUCCAUGACUAUUCAUGACUAUGACUAACAUUUCAAACUGUGAAAGUUUGACUGUAAUGUGUGAUCAUGUUCUGAGGUGGGGAAAACAACAUAACAAGGUGAAAACAGUUCUAGUUUGGUGUUCAAAGAAGUAGCAGAGCAUUAUGCAGAAGCACAUUCUUCUCAAUUGCUGUGUUGUGAAACAAGACUUAUUUCACUCCUAUUUUCAGAGGAGGUGCUGAAAACCACAGAAUCACAGAAUGGUUUGGGUCAGAAGGGGCCUGAAAGAUCCUCUCAUUCUAAUCCCCUGCUGUACACAGGGACACCUUCCACCAGAUCAGGCUGCUCAAAGCCCCAUCCAGCCUGGACCCUUCCAGGGACGCUGUGUGAGGAAGUGCUCAGUGCGGUGGCAGGUAAGAAAGGACAGGUGAGGUUGGUUUGCAGUGGCAAGCCAGGGUUAGCACUCACCUGAAAUGUGUCAUUCAGCUGCUGUGCUGGAGUGGGGAAAAGCUGAAGAGGAAGCUUUGUAUGGCUGACAAGGUGCUACAGGAG